AUGGAGGGAUAUCCACCGAUGGGAUAUCGGCCCAACAAUUAUGGUUAUCUGCCGCCUGCAGGAUCUCCAGCUCCAGCGGCGCUACCUGCCAUGUACCCACCACCAAUGGCCGGGGCAGCGCCGUACACUCAGACGGUAUAUCCACCGAGCGCCGCGCCCCCAUAUGGUCAUCUGCAGCUGUCAAACGGGCAUCCCCCAGCAGGGCAUGGGUAUGCAGCCCCACCGCUCCAUGCUGGUGGGAACUUCAGGCAGACGGCAUGUCCACCGAGCGCCGCGCCCCCAUAUGGUCAUCUGCAGCCGGCAAACGGGCAUCCCCCAGCAGGGUAUGGGUAUGCAGCCCCACCGCUCCAUGCCGGUGGGAACUUCAUGCAGACGGCAUGUCCGCCAUACGCCGCGCCCCCAUAUGGUCAUCUGCAGCCGGCAAACGGGCAUCCCCCAGCAGGGUAUGGGUACGCAGCCCCACCUCCCCAUGCCGGUGGGAACUUCACGCAGACGGCAUAUCCGCCGUACGCCGCGCCCACAUAUGGUUAUCCGCCGCCGGCAAACGUGCAUCCCCCAGCAAGACACGGGCACGCAGGCAGGAAGUUCCUGGAGAUGGCGAUAAACGGGGUCAACAUAGCCGCGAUGGCGGGUGCGUUGGCAUCAAGUAUUGACUACUGA